CGAAAGGCGGCCGAGAUGGAUGUUGUCAACCAGCUCUUUGCCAUCUUCGCGUUCUCCACCUGCGGCGGUUACUCUGGAGUGUUUCGUAUGAGCGUGGAGUGUAAGAACCGCUCAGAGAGUGACCUGAACAUUGAGGUUGAGUUUGGCUACCCUUUCAGACUGCACCAGGUAUGGUUUGAUGCUCCCACGUGUAAAGGGCCGGAGCCUGAACGUCUGUUUCUGGUGGGAAACAACUCUUCCUCUGCUGAGUUCUUUGUCACCAUUGGUGUCUUUUCCUUCCUUUAUACAAUGGCCGCCAUUUCUGUGUACAUCUUCCUCAUGGAGAAAUACCGCGAGGGAAACAAAGGAGCUCAGGCUGAUUUUGUGACAACAACUAUUUACACCUUUAUGUGGUUGGUGAGUUCAGCGGCGUGGGCCAAAGGUCUCUCAGACGUGAAGAGGGCCACAGACCCUGAUGAGGUCAUCAACCUCAUCCCUGCAUGUGACCACGAGGAAAACCGCUGCAAGGAAAUCCAUGAGCCCGUGAUGUCCGGCCUAAACACUUCUGUGGCGUUCGGCUUCUGUAAUGUGGUGCUGUGGGCAGGGAACCUGUGGUUCGUCUUCAAGGAAACCGGUUGGCUUGCGUCCUUUGCUGGCACUUACGUGCCGUCAGGAGAGAAGCAGCCAGCACCAGACUCCUUCGGCCAGGGCUAUGGGCAAGAAGGUUAUGGCCAGGACCCUUACGCCAGCUCUCAGGGCGGGUACCAGCCCGACUACAGCCAGCAGGGCGGCGGAUACGAAGGCGGAGGCUAUAAUCAGUAUGGUCAGGGUGAGCCCACCUCCUUCUCCAAUGAGAUGUGAGCUCCAGCUCUGCACUGAUCACAGCAAGAGGACGGUCAAGUGAUCACUAGCUACUGUAUGUUUCCUGUUUCUUUGGUCUUUCUAUAUGAGCAGUGGGUUUAAAGGGGAGGGGUGGUGAGGGCUGAAGCACAUUCAAGAAAUCUUACUAAAUCAUAGCCAAGGGGAAAUGCUUUGGACCCAGGAGGAGGGGAGACCCUCGUUUCAACAUAAAGUCUAUCACAUCAAAUCCAGCGGGGGAUUAUCAGUCCUAUUGUGAUAAGCAAAAACUUGAAUAUGCUACUAAAAAAAUAAAUAAAUGAAUGAAACCUAUGUUACAUACAGGGAGCUGUUUGAAAGAAUUAUAUAUGAAUUAUAGUCAUAUACUGAAUGUGUUUGUCUGUGUGGUGUAAAUAUGAAUUAUAUUUAAAUAGAUAUACCGUAUUGUGAAUUUAACCGUUGCUCUUUUAUUGUGUGUGUGUGUGAUUUCACUUGUAGUCUCCACAUUUGUUUUGUUUUAAUUUAUUGUAGUGGUGAUUUUCCCUGGAUUACCACUACAGAACUGACCUUAGACCUCCUACUGAAUGUGUUUUACUUUUUUAUUUGUGUGAAAUUUUCUUUUAAGGUUCAUGGGAACACAAAGAUUAAAUAAUAUAACAGUAAUGUGUCAAUCACUACUAAAAGUGUUAACAAAAGUCAGUCGUUUUAGAUAAAACUGGUACUAGAAAAAGCGGAACAGGAAGAACAGGUGAACAAGCACAAGAUUUAUUUCCUGUCCAAACCUUUCUAAUCUAAAGAAAGCACAUAUGUAUUGUUGAUGCUAUAUAACAGCUAUAUAGUGAACAUCAUGAUGAGUGCAUCAUUCUAGUGCUGUGAAUCUCCACCGAUGCUCUUCUUCAGACAUGAGUGUGAAUGAACAGGUUAAUCUUCCAGAAAGUUCAUUUCCAUGUGUUUUUGGCUUUUUGUUUCGAUGCUGUCUCUGUCUCUCUGCUUGUACAUGAAGGUCCAUGUAUCUUUCUUUCUCUUCCUCAUUAAAUGAUUUGAUAUUGCAAAGUAAAAAAAAUCAUGUUAGAAAAUGCUGAGUGAUGAUAUUAAUGUUCCAGUGUGCUUGUUUUUCAUUGAACACAUGGUUUUGAGAAAUUCUAAUAUCUAACAGUUUUAAAAAAGCAUUCACAUGUGGAUCGAUUGUAAUUUCACUGUUAGUAAUGGGAAGGUUUGGUUAAAAUGACAGACAGACAUGUUUGAUGCCUUUAAAGACCAGAAGAGGGAGACAUUUAGUAAAUUAUGUGACUGUUAGAACUAAAUAUGCAAAAUAAAAUACAUACAUAAAUACAAAUGAAAAG